UUAUAAGAGAGUGACCAAGCUUUUCUCUCUGUAAAACCAAUAACUUUGUUUUUGGCGCCACCUGCUGAAGAACAUGUCGAAACGCACGGAGAGUUUAAGUAUUAAAAAAAAGGAAACGAGGUUUGUCCUGUGUAGAGCUCCGUAGAAAGAGCUGGACUGUAUUUUGAUAGACAGGCAGCUGCUGUUGGAAUUCAGGUUAUGGAAGAGCCUUAGAUCAGCCUGGGUUUCUUCAGUAUGUGUAAUAUCAUCUACUCAUAAACACACACACGCUGAAUUAUGGAGCACGCUGUAAUUAUUAAAGAAGGUGCUACAAAAUGGGACAUUCGCCAAAAAGUGUGGGAUUACAUCGAGGCGAAGGAUCUUGCCAACUUCCCAAGGCCUGUGCACCACAGAAUUCCCAAUUUUAAGGCAGCUGCCCAGGCCUGCAGCAGGCUCCCUGGCUUGCAGGAGUUUAAGUCCAGCAGGGUGGUCAAAGUGAACCCAGACAAGCCUCAGGAGCAUGCCCGCUUUCAGACCCUCAGUGCGAAAAAAACCCUGCUGGUCCCCACUCCUCGGCUGCGCACUGGACUGUUUAACAAAAUUGUUCCCCCACAGAAUCCAACUAAAGAGGAUCUCAGAGUGUGCUCCACUUCACAGGGGGUAAAGGAGUUCAGUGUCCCAAUUGGUUUAGAUGCGAGUGUUCAGGUAGAUCUAGUGGUGGUUGGGUCUGUGGCUGUAUCUGAGAAAGGUUACAGAAUUGGGAAAGGUGAAGGAUUUGCAGAUAUGGAAUAUGCCAUGAUGGCCUCAAUGGGAGCUGUGAAUGAAUCCACAGUCGUUGUUACUAUUGUUCACGACUGCCAGGUUGUGGACAUUCCAGAAGGACUGACUGAAAGUCAUGACCUCACAGUGGACUAUAUCCUCACCCCGACCAGGAUCAUCAAGACUGAGUGUCAGCGUCCAAAGCCAGAUGGCAUUAUUUGGUCAAAGUUAGAUACAGAGAUGCUGCAGAAAAUUCCCAUCCUGAAGAAACUCAGAGCUUUGGAGCAGAAGGCUGGCAAAGAUGUCACGCUAAGAGCGCCCCCUGCUGAAUGUGAGAAACUUAAGGAGGAGCCAAAAGAGGAGGCUAAACCCAACCCAAAGCGUAGACCGAGGCGAGAACCCAAACAGGAUCCCAAACCUCAGCACAUUGGGCCAGUGAAGGAUGGAUCUGACAGGCCUGAAGGAGGUGCUGUGGGGCGUGAGCCUCCUCAGUGUCCCUCCAGCACGCUUUACCUUGGAGGCAUCCCUGCUGGACUGCGGGUGAGUGAGCUGAAGAGCGUCCUGAGGGAACGCAAUGCCGUACCUCUCAGGCUCACCUGGCAAGGGGCGCAGCACAGAGCUUUCCUCGAGUACAGCGAUGAGCCGGCGGCUGACCUGGCCCUAACUGCCCUGCAGGAGCUCUCUAUCAACGGCCACACCCUCCAGGCAGAGCGAGCUAGGAGCCAGAGGGGUGGCCGCAGGCCUAACCAAACACAGCAGAGGCCCAGGAGGAAAGAAGCCAAAGGAACAGCUCACACCCCAAUGGCCACAGCCACCACCGUCAGCACUACUGUCCCAGACCAACCGGGGACUUAGAUACAAGGUCAAGAAAAGGUCAAAAACGGUGGUAUAGGUCUAAGCGGUGGUAUAAGUUUUUUUGUGCUUGAGAAAAUAUCAGAUCAUCAAAGUGAGAUUUGAGGAUCUUGUGAAUGUUUGUAUUUUUACAGAUUUUUACUGUAGAGUAAAAAAAAAUAAACCUUUAGAAAUAAGA